AUGUUUGUCAAAUGGCAGCAUUCCGAAAAAGACUGCCAAGCUGUAGGAAUUGAAUGCUUUUUCCAAUAUAUACGUGGAGCCUAUCGUUUUUUGAAUAUCCGAAUGUUAAAAUCGUCAUGUGGUAUUCUUUUGUUCUGUCGUACGUUUCGGAGAUAUUCAUUCCCGACAACUUUCGAAAACGUAAUAUUUCCUCCUAACGGCGAAUAUCUACUUCCACCAAUGCCACCAGAACCGACAUAUUCUGCCGAAAGGGGUGAAAAAAAAUUUAAGACUACGAAACGUAUGAUUGAGGGCCGAGGAGUCGAGGAAGUCCACACUGAACUGAUACAUAAUCAGUACGGAUUGGCAGCAGUUUACGGUGGUUUCAUCUCUUCUGCUGACUUCAACUUUAUUCAGGAACGCGUAAAUAAAAACCUUCGUAAAAACCAGUUUGCACUUUGGAGGGUUCCAGCUCCUUGGUUGCCGCGAACAAAAAAAUCACAAGGAACCAAACACGGGGGUGGAAAGGGGAGUAUUCACAUGUAUUAUACACCUGUAAGAGCUAAAAGAAUAAUUCUGGAGGUUGGAGGAUACAUUACAGAAAUUGAGGCCCAAGCAUUCUUGUUGUAUUUGUGUGAAAGAUUCAAGUUCCCAGUCGAGUUUAUUAGCGCUGAUAUUUUGGCAAAGAGGCGUGAAGAAGAGAAGAGAAUAGCAGAGUUGAAUACGAAUCAAUUUAACUGGGAAAUGGUCAUGAAGUAUAAUAUGCAGAAUUGUCGCAGCUGGUUAAAUGAGUAUGAUGUAGCUUGGAAAGGGAAAUGGUGUGUGUAUGUUGUUGGAGGGCUACCGUUGUCAGCACUUUUCAUAUGUGUAAGCUUGGCUUUAAUUCUUCAUCCAGCCCAGUCGACAAGCACUCAUUGUAACGUAUAUAACUGGUUACCUUCAAUAUCGGCUGCAGUAGCGGCGUACUCUCCUGAGCGAUAUGUAUGGCGGUUUUUCAUCGGUCUUCACGCAGCUCCCCGUUUUAUUGUGGCUUUUGCAUACAGGAAUUUACUGUUAAACUCUCCGAUGCGUGAAUACUGGACCACUCAGGGAUGGUUCCCACUUGCCUGUAAUCUUGCUUGUAGCAUUAACUUGGCAGAAAAUGCUUUUUUACUUCUUUUAACCUCAGUUUCAUCGACAGAGGAUCAUUCACUUCACAAGAUUUCAUUUCUUGGGUUCGCAUUAUGCGCCAUGGCUUACAUGUACAUAGCUACCACCUUAUACCAUUUUUCCGGGCGUAGAAGAGCUUCUACUGUGGGUGAGAAGUCGUAUCAGUACAAGUUUUUGAUGUGCGUAGCUAGUACAGUCUCUCUCCUGUCAGCUUUAUACUUCUUCUAUCGUCACAACAAGUCUCAAAGUUACUCCUGUAUUGACUGCAAUACGGCUUUUUCCAUAAACACUUAUAAGUCACAUGUAAAAUGCAUUUCCGAAGAUGAGAAAUAUGGUGGCAAGAAUUUUGUUCCAAAAGAGAGUAAGGGUGAAGUUAAGCAGAGCCGAUGGGUUGAACAAGUUGAACGGGCUAUCUCGAACGUUACUGAUCGGGAACUUAAAGGUUUACUACAGCAGAUUGAAGGUUUUGCCAACAUUCCAAGAAAGGAAGCAAAGUUUAUAAAUUUCCUUCAAAAUUCCAUUCGGAUAAGAGAUCGUGAACUUUGCUUGCGAGCAUGGAGAUGCAUUGACGAAGAAGCAAAGAAAAUGAAAGCAGAAACUGAAGGCGCCCAGGCUGAGACUUCAGAUGUUAAUGAAAAGUGUGAAAAGGUGGUAGAUAAAAAUGGUGAGUCAGGAGAACCCGCUAGUGAAGGUGGCAAUGAUGAGGGAGAUAAGCGAGACGACGAUAAACCUGUAGUUCCAGUUGAGAAGAAUUUUAAGUGGAGGAAAGCUAUUAAACGGGCGCUGAAAGCUUCUGAAGAUGGAACGAUGAAAGUUAAGAAGUUAAGAAAAGCAGUAGUUAAAAUGUUCCAUGAUGAAGGUUUCGAGGUGGGUGUUGAAAAGCUGGAUGAAUUGUUCGACCAAAAACUGAAGUCUAGCGGAGUUCUUAUAGAAGGCAAGUUUGCGCGCCUCCCACCUUGA